CAGGACGUAUAAGUUGAGUUGCUCUGCAAAGAGGCUUUUUUCCUGUUUGGAGGAUCCGCCGUCAUGCCUGAUCCGUCCAAAUCAGCUCCCGCACCCAAGAAGGGCUCCAAAAAAGCUGUUACUAAAGCGCAGAAGAAGGAUGGCAAAAAGCGUAAGCGCAGCCGCAAAGAGAGUUAUUCCAUCUACGUGUAUAAGGUGUUGAAGCAAGUGCACCCGGACACCGGUAUCUCUUCCAAGGCCAUGGGCAUCAUGAAUUCCUUCGUGAACGACAUCUUCGAGCGUAUCGCUAGCGAGGCCUCCCGUUUGGCGCACUACAACAAGCGUUCUACCAUUACGUCCCGGGAGGUGCAGACGGCUGUGCGCCUGCUGUUGCCCGGCGAGUUGGCCAAACACGCUGUGUCGGAAGGUACCAAAGCUGUCACCAAAUAUACCAGCUCUAAAUGAGGUGCACCUCGGUGCCCGGAAACCCAAAGGCUCUUUUCAGAGCCACUCACAAGAUCGAGAAAGGGUGUCGAACACGUGAAGGGUUUGUUAUGUAAAAGCAUCCCUUGUCUACUUCGUAGCGGCUCAUAGGUUACUAGGAGGGCGCCCGGAUUCCUCUCCCUACCCCCACCCCAACCCCUGUCCCAUAGACGUGUGCGCGCGUGUGUACGUGAGCAGAAUGCGAAAGCGUACCUGUAUUUUAUCUGGUCGGGGAUGGGCUGGCGAGAAAAAAUAGCAGUGCGGGAAACAACGAAAAGGCUGCGUGUCCACCCCUGCUUCCGCUCAAAGCUAUCGACGCUUCACUAAGCAAAAUAAGAACCUUGAGUUAAGUGUUUUUAGGGUCUGGAGAGUGCCAUUUACGAGGCUUGCCGGCAUGGUACAGUUUUGUGUGCGCAUGAUGUUUGUCUGUGGGUGGGUGGCGCGGGUCAUCACCCCCACCCCCCAUCCCCCGCUUUCCCAGAGGGACCAUAUGCCAUUCGAAUACCUCCGUGUUCAUUAAUGAGUGAGCCCGAAGAUGCACUGAAAGACGCUCUGGGUGAGCCCCCUGGGGGUGUUGUACAGCUUUGGCGCUAGCGCCUGGCGAUGCAUCUCCGCCCAGACCAGAUAUCUUUAUCCUAAGGCAAUGAACAUUUGCGGGAGGAUGUUUGCAUGUCUGGAUUCUUCAAAGGCGGGAUGUUUGAAACCGAAAGGAAAAUGGAAGCGUGAUGGAACACAGCGCUUUGUGCUCGAGAACUGGAUGUAAUAAGCCCACCCAGGCUGCAGGUAGUUAGGGGCGGGGGUGGGGAGAGGAGGGCAAUUUAAGAGAAAAAUAACCUUUUUCUCAGCAAAUGUAAACUUCCAUUUCAGCCCCAUUAUUCUCAAUGACGCACUAGUGACGCAGAAUUUUCCCUUUGAGUUCAUGGCAUUCAUUUGGAAAGUGUCAUCUUAGUUCAGAUAAAGUGCUUUAGCGUGAAGAGUUCACUCUGAGGAAGACAUCGCCUACCUUUUUUGCCUGUUUUUUUUUUUUUUUUUUUUUUAAUGUAAGAAGGGGAUUUCAAAUAAUCACUUUCUUGAGCUGUUCUGAGAAUUAGAUGUGUUGAAAGGUCGUGUCAUCAUCUCGGGCAAGGAACUGACGUUCAAUUAAAGGCUGACGACCGGGCUUUUGCAAAUCAUCUCCAAAGGAAGAAGCUUGCAUGCUUGAUUCGGUGGGAAGGAUUGGGCAGAAAACCACAGCGGCUGGAAAACGCCCACCUCAUUCCUUUUUCUACAUGGGUCCACUGUAAAAGAAUUUCUAAAACCCCAAACAUUUUAAAGUUGGCGUUCAAAAUACUUUAUGGUUAGUUAAUAGUUGCAAGAAUGCAAAUCCCAAGAUAGGACGUUUUACAAAACAAAAUGGUCUCAUAUCAGUUAUUUUUUAAAUAUAAAUUUAUUUUAAUUGGAAGCUAAUUACUUUACAAUAUA